UUUCUCUUUUCUUUUUUCUUUUUCUUUUUCUUUUUUCUUUUUUUUCCUUCUGUAACAAGGUGUGUCCAAGAGUGGGAACAUCCCAAUGCAAAUGUUUGCUGUCAUGUUGAAAUGCAUCUGAGAUUGACAAAGUUCCCUGGGCUCCAGGAGCAUUACACAACCCAUCCAGCACUAUAAAUCCAGGGUCUCACACUUCUCCCUCUUCUCCGCCUCUUUACAGCCCUUCACUCCUCCUCGUGGUGGGACCUCCCCUGACAUCCAGCUAUGCGGAUCCUCCAGCUGCUCUUUGCAGUCGUUAUCAUUCUCCUCCUCCAGGAUGCUCCGGCAAGUGGCCUGUCGGACAGCCAGCAGUGCAGAAGCAACCAUGGCCGUUGCCGGAGGCUUUGCUUCCACACGGAGCGAUGGGAAGGGACCUGUGGAAAUGGCCACGUGCGCUGCUGCCGAUGAGAACAAUCGUGCUGUGAUGGACCCUGGCACACCAAGGUGAUCCUGCAACCACAGCUGUACAUAGGACCUGCUCCAUGCCUAUACCUGCAGCUCAGUUUGUUCAUCACCAAUAAAGCUGUUGGGUUUUGAUGUCCUGC